UUGCAGGUACUUAUUCAGGAGACUGGGGAAAGGCGUAUUGCUGCUCUGGGUGCUGUGCAUGAGUCGUACGACUGUCAUAAAAUGCCUGGCUGGGAUAGUGGAACAGUCGGUUACCACAUAGACGAGGGCAAAAUAUUUGAAACUGGCUUCCAUAAGCAGGGAAGAGAAGUCGAAGGUAUGGGUUACUUUGACGGUAGGUUUACGAUAUUUGCCACAAGAAUUUGUUAGCGCGUGGAAACAUAAUCAAAGUCUUACCGUCCUUCUAAGGGCGACCUUGCGACAGUUGGUUUCUGUUUUCCAAAAGAAAAAGAUUCAGAAAUUUUAGUUUGUAAACGUUAUAGAGAUCACUUUAAAAUUGUCAUAGACUCCGAGAGAUGAUUAUUCUGACAUGCAUGAGGUAAAUGGGAAAUGUAUUGUAGUUGUGUGACCAAGAUAGAAUGUUGAACGAAGUUGCUUUAAAAUCCAUGUGCCUGGAGUGUGAAACUGAAAAAACCCUGAAUCCUUCGAUCGUGGGGGAGGUUCUAACCCUCACCUUCUGCUUGCCGAUCAAAUGGUCUACAGAUUCAUAUCAGCAAAUGCUUGACGCUGCUAGGAUCAUUUAUAUCGUCAACAUUCCUUGUAUAAAUACAGUAAGGGAGAUUGAACUUUUUUUCGAAUGAACGAAGAGGCAGGUCAUUAAUCAAGACCGAACAACAAGGGAAAAAAAUAAAAUUUCACACCCGUGUGUAACACGGUUGGUUGCCUCAAGUUUGGCUUAUUUUGUUAUCUUUUCUCUAUGUAAUUGAUAACUUAGGAGCCAUGGCUUACCGCGGCGAUCUCAUCGCCUGUGAAGUUGAUUUUAGGGGAGUUCCCGAAGGAAAAGUCUCUGUGUUGUUCUUCUUGAAUGGUAUAGAAAUACGCGUUCUUCAGUGCAGUAUACCGAGGGAAAUAAACUAUUUCCUUUCGUUUCAUUGGGAUUUGAAGGCAUUACAGUGCUCACCA